AUGGAGGUCGAAAGUGCCAAUUGUAAAUAUCGAGUAUCGCAGUGUGAAGAUAUCGAGCUACUAUCUGUAGAACGACCACUGAAGAUUGACCUAGAGAUAAAUGCACUAGAGAUUUUAGUGCAAGAGCUACAUAAGGUAUUCUCGAACGAUCACGUGAACAUCCAAGAUGUUCAGAAGUUAAUGGCAGCUUACAAGUCCGAACCGAAAGACUGGAAGAAGUACGCCAAGUUCGACAGAUUCCGGUACACGAGAAACCUGGUCGAUGCCGGCAAUGGCGCGUUCAACAUAAUGAUACUGUGCUGGGGACCUGGACACGCCUCGGCAAUACACGACCAUGCCGACUCACAUUGUUUCAUGAAAGUCUUAAGCGGGAGUUUGGAGGAAGUUAGAUAUCAGUGGCCAAGCAACGAAGAACCAGAAAUAGUAAGAAAAUUGAAAAGAAAAAAUUCGUGCUGUUUUGGAAAUUUAGAAAAGUCGAUAGAAGACAAAUUAUCUGAAAUAAAUAUCAGUUGUCAAAAUGAAACCUGUCCGAAUUUCGGCGCGAAAAUUGACAGCUUAGAUAACUGCGAACAAAAUGGCGACGAAGAACAUUACGAAGCUCACAAAAUGGAAGAAAUAGGAAGGACUAAGUUAGACGUUAAUGAUGUUUGUUAUAUAAAUGAUGCAUUAGGCUUGCAUCGCAUGGAAAACCCAUCGCACGUAGACGGAGCAGUAUCUCUACACUUGUACUGCCCGCCGUUUGACAGCUGCCGGAUGUUCGACGUGCGGACCGGGAAGGCCACACAAAUCAAAGUCACCUUCUGGUCCAUGUAUGGAAAGAAGGUCAAUCGAGUAAUUGAAGCAAAUAGUGUCGUCGACUGUCAGUAG